UUAGCACUAUAAUCAUCUACAAACGAUUGGGAUUAGAAAAAGUCUAAUCCGGGCAGAUGAGGGGCUAAGUAUAUGGAGCUAUAGUAUCAUGACACGAGAAUUACCGAAAAAUAUAGAGAUUAAUAAAAUUUCAAGCAUUCCGAAGAAUCCGAGGUAGAGAAGCGAAACGAUGGCUGAUACAGAAGACCAACAGACCGACGAGGCGUCUGAUGACUUUUAUACCGAUGCUGCUAAUUACUGGUCCAAGGUUCCUGCAACCGAAGAUGGGAUGCUAGGUGGUUUCGGAUUCAUUUCAAAGACAGAUAUUGGAGGAUCGGAAACAUUUUUAUCAUCGAUAUUCAAGUUAAAAAAUCCCCCUGGACGAAAACACGCUUUGGACUGCGGUUCUGGAAUAGGUCGCAUUUCGAAGUACUUACUCACUGUACACUUCGAUCAUGUCGACCUUGUUGAACAAAAUUCUGAGUUCCUAGAUAUCGCUAGAACUUAUCUUGAGGAUCGUGGCAAAAAAAUUGGAGAAGUCUUUGCAAUGGGCUUGCAAGAGUUUUGCCCAGAUGCCAGAAAGUAUGAUAUUAUAUGGUGCCAAUGGGUAUUAGGACACCUUAAAGAUGAUGAUUUUGUAAGAUUCUUCAAUAAUUGUCGGACAGGGCUCAAAGAGAAUGGUAUGAUCGUAGUCAAAGAAAAUACAACCAGUUCAAACAAUGUAGAAGUGGAUACUGUGGAUUCAUCAGUAACACGGCCAAUUGACAAACUGCGGCAACUCUUUGACCAAGCUGGAUUAAUUUCGAUAAAAGAGCAACAACAAUCUAAACUACCGCAAGGCCUCUAUCCAGUUCACAUGUUUGCACUACGUCCCAAAGGAACAGUGAAAAAUUUCCAAAAGUGCAUCCGGCAGUAAAAUUGUUUUUGUCAAAUAAUCUACUUUUCAUCAGAUUGUUUAGGGUUGUACUCACGACCGAGGUCCAUAAAAUCAUUUAGCAUGGCCAAAGUGCUGAACUUUUAUAAUAAAUACAAGUACAUUUAUACAUAUGGUAA